GGAGGAGGAGGCGGUGGCGGCGGCGGCGGCGGAGGAGGAGGGAGCGUUGCUCAACGUUCGCCAUCGGCGAUCGGGGAAAUCGGUUUGCUCCAGGGAGCCUCGACGAUCGAGGUAACCUCGUUAGGCACCUCGAACGCGACGACGAUACCAUCUUCGACGGGAACGACGACGACGACGAGCUCGAGCAGCGUCCUGAGAACGGAAACGUCGACGACGACGACGACGACGACGACGACGAGCGGGAACACCUCGUUGACGAAGGACUCGUCAGCCGAAACGACGACGACGACGACGACGACGACGAGCUCGCCGACAGAGAAAAAAACGGUAAACUGCUUGCAGCAAAGAACCUCGUCGAGUCAACUGUCGAAUCAUCGUGGAAACACGAACGACGACGACGACGACGACGACAACGACGACGAGAACGAGAAAAAGCUCAACGAGGAAGACGAGGACCACGACGAUAUCGAACUCCAACAAGCCUCCCGGCUCAGGCCCGAAAGCAUCAAGCUCGAAAUCGACGAGAUAAACGACUCGCUCCUCAGGGAAUCUCACCCUGGGAGCUGCCUCCUCUCGAGGCAAACGAACAACAAUAUUCAGGAACAAUUAGCUACCUCACGAGGGAAAUUCAUCAAAGACGAGGGACGCGAAUUCCCGGAAACGGAAAACGGCGAUCAUUUACAAGAUCUCAAUACCGAUUGCUCCGACAAGAAAUUAAAGAUACUCGAGGAUUCGUCCUCACGACAGAAUUCCACUCGACAACCGACCGGACCAUCUCCGGCUCUUGUCAGCCCACUCAGGGAACACGAGACGAGGACAUCCUCCAGAGAGCAGGAGACUGGAACGAACGACCUCGUCGAUACGAUAGACAACAAGCAGACCGAGGAACGCAUAGAAGCACCGACGACCGGUCUGCUGAGGGUAAAGAAAGAGGAGGAACUCCAGGAGGCGCCGCGCUCAAUAAGCUGCGGUCUCGAUGCCUCGAGCAUCACGAGAUUAGGAAAUAUCGUCGAUACGACCAAUUCAGAAGUUUACAAAGUCACGGAACAAACCGCCCCCGAUACGGGCUUACCGUAUCUCGUAAAUCGACGUACGAGCCCACCUCCCGAGGACUGGAAGCCACUCGACAAGUGUUUCUUUUGUCUAGAUGGAAAACUUCCCCACGACGAACAGCCACCCCUUAGUCCUCAAAGCGAGAGUAGCAGUAGUUCACGAUCGGCAGAGUCACCGAUGUCGGUACAGGUUGAUCCUAUGGCGGCUUCGGUUGUCGCUGCUGCCCUUAGCGGUACUUAUCCGACUCUACUGCCACACUGGUGUCUGCCACCGAGAGAAUCACCCCUCGUCCCCGCUCAGAGCCAUCAGGAUGGCUCGUCCGGAGUCGACCAACCCCUCGACCUUUCGGCCAAGCCGAAAAACUUUCAGGACAACCAUGUGACGAUGGCGAAGCAACAGAAAAUACCUCUGAGGAUGCCAACGGGCAUUGAUCCCAAGACCAUCUUCACCUCGUCGUAUCGUGCCAAGCCACGAAUGACCGGAGCAGUCGGGGUCGGCGGUGUUCCGGUGGUCGGUGCUGGCGGGAGCAGGAGAACGUACACCGAGGAAGAGCUCCAAGCCGCUCUGAGGGACAUACAGAGCGGUAAACUCGGGACGCGUCGAGCGGCCGUUAUCUACGGAAUACCUCGGAGCACUUUACGGAACAAGGUGUACAAGCUCGCGAUGGAGCGUGAACGGGACGCGACCCUCAAUAGCACCCAUUCACACCCCCUCGAGUCCGGUGCCCAAGCCUCAACAACCACCAUGACAACAACAACAUCAACAACAACAACAACAACAACAAUAUCAACAACAACAUCAACAACAACAAUAUCAACAACAAGAACAACAUCAACAACAACACCAUCACCAAAUACGAUCCAAAACGCCUCCGCAACCACUCCGCCCCCGCAAGUGGACGAGUUUAACAUUCGGCCACUCGACGCCCGCGAGGUCGCGAGACUCGAGGUUGAGGACAAGGAUCUUUCGGGCGCUGAGGAGGAAAAGGAAGUGGAAAAAGCGUUGCUCAGGCCUCUCCUGUCGCUCGAAGAUCUCGUCAGGUUCUCUGCCCUCGAGGGAAGUGGCAGCGAUUCCUUGAGGUCCCUGCUGCAGCGAGGUCAAGAGACGGGAACGGAGUGGCCUGGCUUCGAGCACGCGAACAUCGGGCCUUACAUCCAGAAGAUGUUGGGAGCUGCAGCCCCCUUUAAGGGUUUAGAAACUCCGGACUAUAGAAUUCCGGAAGUGAUGAGGCGGUUGAUGAGCGAGGACAAGAGGCUGAACAAGGACGUGAACGGCGACCACAUGCAGCAGCUCCAUCAGCAUCAUCUGCACCAUUCGCAGCAGCAGCAGCAGCAGCAUCAUCAUCACCAUCAGCAUCAUCAGUCGCCUCAUCAGCAAGCGCAACAGCAAUCAGGCCAGCACAGAGGACCAAUGACGAACGAGGAUUUCAAUCCUAGCAUAGAAGAAGAGGCGAGUGACAGCGGCCAGGGUAGAGCGAUAUUGAAAAUUCCGUCCUACAAGCCGGCGAGCAGCAGCACACCAGGCUCGAGCAAAAACAACGGGGAGCCAAAUUCGGCAGCGUUUGCUCAAAGUUUCGCGGCGAGCGCCGCCGGAAGUCCGGUCCUCUUGGAGCGCACGAGCCCAGCGUUUUCCGGGACGAGCAGUCCGACGAAUUCUAUCGUUGGCAAAGGCGUUGGCGUCAACUUUCGCGACGUAAUCGCCAAGAGCAUAAGCGUCAAGUUCCAGGAGGGACAAUCCGGGAGCAUGGUUCACAGUCCAACGGCCAUGAUGACCGAGGGCAACCCCUUCAAGAGGGGAAGAUACACCCCGCCACAAACUUCCCAGUCCCAGCAAGCCAAACCACAAUCCCAACAGGACAAAUCGAAACCGAACGCCGGUGGCAAGGGCACCAGACCUAAGCGAGGCAAAUACAGAAAUUACGACAGAGACAGCCUCGUCGAAGCUGUCAGGGCCGUUCAACGAGGCGAAAUGAGCGUACACAGAGCCGGCAGCUUUUACGGCGUACCCCAUUCCACUCUCGAGUACAAGGUCAAAGAACGACACCUCAUGAGACCGAGAAAAAGAGAUCAGAAGCAGCCCGACGACAAGUCAAAAGAGUCAUCUGGCGGGGGAAGCUCGAUGCGUUCGAGUUUGGCGGACAAGAAGCCACAAUUGAAGCCCCAGAAAGGAUUUGCGGGUUCGCCAGGAGGGAUGCCAGGUGGGCCGAACGGUUUGAAAAUGCCACCGUUUCUGGAGGGCAUGGCGCCUCUGCCGUUUCCCCAUGCGUUCAACUUCUGGCCACCGACGCCGUUUAUGCCGUCGCCGUUCAUGCCGGGUGGUCCGAACGUGCCGACGAUGUUGCCCGAGCAGUAUUUCGCGACUCAGAGGAUGCGCGGCCUGCAGGAACAACAGAGAAGCGCGAUUGUACAACAGCAGCAGCAGCAGCAGGCUCAACGAGAGCGGGACGGGAUCGUUGGGAGCGGCGGCGGGGGUGCCACGGAGCCAGGAACCUCGAAUUCCCGGGGCUCCUCGAUGGUAAAAUCGACGAGAGACAUAGCCGAGAGUCUUUACGACGGUACGGGAGCGAACGGAAGUUUCCUCGACAAUCUCAUAAGGUCGAGCCUCGAAACGGGCAUACCGAGGGACCAGCGAGCAUUGGCAGAGGCGCGAGGCAACCAGCAGCAGCAACAGCAGCAGCAGCAGCAGCAGCAGCAGCAGCAACAGCAGCAGCGGGAACGCGAGAGAGACCAACGAGAACGGGAUCACCUGCCCGAAGCGAUGAGCAGCAAAGCCCUGAUCGAUCAACUCUGCCGGAACUCUCGUCGCACACCACUCCCGAGAAUAACUCACGACAGCAGCGAAGACGAGAGCUACCGAGGCCCGAACACCCGGAGCUUACCGGAUCGACCGGAAAGAGUGCCGACGGUCGACCUCAGCCAAUCGCCCACCGACAGAUCGAGAAUCGAGGAACAGUGCAACGACCGUUUGACCUCCCCACCGACCCCAAUGUCCAUCAGCCGAACCGGGAGCAGAGACGAGGACAACACGAGAGAAUCGACGAGGCUCCUCGACCGCGCCAGUAGAGAACGGGAAAUUCACAACGGCGGACAACAGCAGGAGGACCGGGAGCAUAGGAAAACACACGGGAGUAUGCAGUCCCAACAGAUCAAUCAUUACCCGGAAAUGCAUAGUCUCUAUCCCGUCUCAAAUGAGAAAAAAAGUGCCUGUGAUAGUAAGCUUAUAGUUGAUCAUUCGAGCCAGAAGACGCAACAACAGCACAAAGAUCUUGGGAACGUUGGUGGCCUCGUUGUACAGCUCCAGAGAGGCUACAACGCCUCGUCGAGUCGAAACUCAACGACGACCUCCCCGACCACGACCUCCGCAGCCGUCAACGAACAAUCCCAGAAUAAUACUCUUUCGAAUACCGCCGCGGGUCAACUCAACGCCGGAGCACACGAGCAACGAGGGUCCGCUGUUCUCCCGAUGGAAGAAUCCGUAGAGCAAGCCAGUCCAACGUGCUAUGUUCAACAUAUCGCGGAUCUAAAUGCUUAAAAUGCUAAAUAAUUCAAUUAAUCUAAGUACUCGUUACAUAUUCAACCAGUUUUUCCAACACUCUUAUUAUAUCAUUAUUAUUAUUAUUAUUAUUAUUAUUUUAUUACUAUUAUAUUAUUAUUUCUAUUAUUAUUAUUAUUAUUACUAUUAUAAUAUUUUUAAGAUGUUACGUAAAUGAAAAACCAAGUGACACUUUACCGUCGUAAUUAAUGUACAAUAAUGUUCGUUAGUUAUUAUUAUUUUUAUUAUCUUUUUAUUAUUAUUACGAAUGAAAUAUUAUUUCCAUAAGUACAAUGCAGCCAAGACGUAUGUGCAUCCUCUUGGAACGUUUCGCAUUUAUGAGGACACGAUUUGGAAAAGAAUGAUAAUAAAACAAAAACACUGUA